UACUAGGUCACAGUGUCCUUUAUAUACUUUCGACAUUACUGACAAGAAUUUUAUACACGGAAUCCGAGAAGACUAAGACAUUAAGUAAAGUGCAAAUAGGACUACCUCAUCGUGUUAAUUAUAUGGUUGAUCUAGACACAUAUUACGUUCCAAUUUUUAUACACAGCGCCAUAUGCGAUUUUUCUUACACAGUCUUACUAGUAGUAUUCGAUGUUCUGUAUCUAACACUUGUCGAAUACUGCUGCGGUUUGUUCGCGGCUUUGAGAUACCGGUUGGAAACCGCGUUAGUCCUCAAAAACGACAGAUUGACGAUGACGACUGCAAAAGAUAAAUCUUAUGCGAAUAUCGCGUACAGUAUUCGCAGACACACGGAAACGAUGCAAUUUGUUGCCGUCAUAGAAUCAGUAUAUAGCUUACCUCUCUUUAUACAUAUUGGACUGACCGUACUUAUUUUAAGUGUCCUGGGAUAUCAGGUGAUAACCAACACAGAAAAUAUUAAUCGCCUUUUAAAACCCACUGCUUAUCUAAACGGACUUUUAAUUAACGUUUUCUUCGAAAACUGGCAGGGUCAGAAAAUCAUAGAUUCCAGCGAGAAAGUGUUUAAAUCUGCGUAUAAUUCAGAGUGGUACAAUAUGCCAAUAGCAGCGAGGAAGCUUCUUAUAAUGAUGAUGAUAAGAAGUGAGAGGCCAUCAAUACUAAGAAUGAGUAAAAUCAUUGUACUGUCAUAUGUAACUUUUAAUACGGUGUUGCGUACAUCAUCGUCAUACUUCAUGUUGCUACGGUCUUUGUAAUGAAAAUUUUAGAAUGUAACUAAGAAUAUCUAGAUUUAUCUAUUAUCAUUUAUCACACGCUAGUAACAGAUAAAAAUAAAAUCUUGUAAGAUCGCA